AUGUCGUCAGAGAGUCAUCUACCAACAAUUCCCAUCCCAGAGGAUAGCCUGAUAUCGGCCAUCCCAACAUCAGAGUCAUCGGCUGUUGAGGAAAAUAGGGUACUACGACUCCGCAUAUUGGAAAUGUGGGAUGCCUGGUCCAACGGUAGAGAGCUUCCGAGUGCAAUACCUGGUUUCCCUGAGCUACUUCCCAGGGCAACUGGAACUUCCAACGUCCCAAUAUAUUACCCAAACACUCUGCUCGGAUAUCCUACCAUCUCAGCGCAAUUUAUCGGAACGCCUUCUGAGGUUCGCCCCCAGGCAUUAAUUUCAGGUGUAGCUUCCAACAUAUUCACUGCACCACCUUCCUCAGCCACGACAGAACCCACUUUGCCCAGGCCAAGCUUUGAUCCAUCGUCUUUUACUUUGCAAGUACCAUCCUUUCCACCAGACACGGCCCAUCUCACCACCAAUUCUUACCCUCAACAACCCCGGUAUGAGUUCACCGCGGGACAGGAGAAAACUACAAAGAACCCCGAGCAAGAAGAAAUCACUCGGAAGAUGAGGAUCAUGGAACAGAGCCUAAAAAAUAUACAAGGUUUAAGUGGCCAAAAGAGCGUAUCCUACGCUGAUUUGUGUAUGUUCUCACAUGUUCACCUACCCAUUGGUUUUAAGACCCCCAAGAUCGAAAAGUAUGACGGGCACGGGGACCUCAUAGGUGGUGCUGGGUUCCGUGUCCUUGGUAGGCUUGACCAUCGGAGAUCCCUUUCCCACCUCAAGAGGUAUUGCAAUCAACUGAGAGGGGCAGGUGGAAAAGAAGAGCUUCUAGUGGCUUAUUUCGGAGAGAGUCUAAUGGGCAUUGCAUCCGAAUGGUACAUGGAUCAAGACAUGUCUUGCAGGCACAUAUGGGAUGAUUUGGCUCGAGAUUUUGUCAAGCAGUUUCAGUACAACAUAGACAUAGCUCACGACAGGAAUUCCUUGUCAAAUCUCAAAAAGAAGUCAUCAGAAAGUUUCCGAGAAUAUGCUGUUAAAUGGCGCGAACAAGCGGCUAGGGUCAAGCCCCCGAUGGAUGAAACCGCGAUGAAUAUGAUGUCUGGAAUGGGAAAGCCGUUUGCUGAGGCUAUAAAGAUUGGUGAGAUGGUCGAGAAUGGUCUGAAAACAGGUUGCAUAUUGAGCCAAUCUGCCAUAAGAGCUACGUCCCAAGCAAUCCAAAGCGGGUCAGGAGGUGUAGCAAACAGAAAGAAGAAAGAAGAAGUGGCGAUGGCGGCUUCAAGUCUAAGAAAUCCCCGUCCACCCAGAAAUUACUUCCCUCCAAGCAUCCCACACCGUUAUUUUCCUCACCAGGAUGUGGCUUAUACUAUGGCUCCUCAACCUUACGCGGUGAUGAACGCCCAGCCAUACGCUCAUCCACAACAACAGUUUAACCAAAACCGAGCUCCACUUCCUAAAAAUAACCCUCCUCACCAAGCUCCAUAUAAUCCCCGACCCCCACAAAACAAUUUCCCAUACAAUGCCCGUGCCCGGGAGCCACCUAGAAGAAAUAAUUUCACGCCUAUUGGUGAGUCAUACUCUAGCCUUUUCCCUAAAUUGGUCCAAAUGGGUUUAUUGCAACCCGUACCUCAAACUAGGCAAAACCCAGAAUCGCCCUCCUAA